GGUCCGUCACAUCUCGGCGCUAGCUUUGCCGCGAAGCCCUCGGCUGCCUUCGGAAAAUGGUGCUCCUUCGCCCAGACCGUGCCACCUAUUGUUGGGUUCCACUGUCUCUUUCCUGUCUGGCUUGGUCCUGAGCAGCUUUCUUAAUGUUCCUGCGCACAAUUUCGAAGAUUUCAUCAAAUUCGGACGACUAUAUCAAAUAGCUCCCAUUGAAACAAUCGGAAAAAAAAUAUAACUUUGCUGUUUUUUUAAUUUUUAUACCCUUGCAGAGGGUAUUAUAAUUUCAGUCAGAAGUUUGCAACGCAGUGAAGGAGACAUUUCCGACCCUAUAAAUGCUGUGAGGAGUCUUAAAACUCCUCACAAAUUCCGAGGCAGGAGAGCUGCAUAGCAACAGCGAAGGAGGCGAGAAUGCCGGAGGAGUCAAGGGCAACAAGGUCAAACGGUAAACAACGGACCUUGGACCCGGGCAAAGCGGAGACACCGUGGACUAACGGUACCACGCUGGACAUUGGACCCUCACACGGCAAGGGCAACAGGGUCGAACGGUAAAUUGGCGGACUUCGGACCCGCACAAAGAGGACGCACCGUGAACUAACGGUGCGGCAGUGGACCUUGGACCCGAUCACGCGAGCUGGAAAAGGGAAAUAACGGGACCAUCACAGGCUAUAAAAGGCGGCGCAAGCGCAGCAUAGAAGGAGUAAUCGUGCGAGAAUCAAAGCGAGUGCGUGUACGCGAGACCAGUAGCAAGUUAAUCAAGUGCCGAGGACCAGGAUCAAGAUCGCAAAGUCGAGACGACGACCGACUGAGAGUCUACAAGGCUGAGGCUUCAACGCUGAGAUCCAACGGGUGCUAGGUCGUGGUUAAAUCGAGCUCAGGGAGUCCUUGCGUGGAGUCUGCGAUAAAGGUGGCUGGACGAAGAGGUCGAACCGAGUUCAACCUGCUAGGCGAUACACCUUGCCGACACAAUCCGGACCGACUUAGGGAGCCUGCGAUAAAGGUGGCUAGGCGAAAAGGCAGAACCUCGUUCUACCUGCUAGGCGAAACACCUUGCCGGUCCCGACAGUGAGGUUCGCAUGACAUCCAGAGUCUCGAAGGAGCCGUCACGAGUCAGAUACCAGCAAGCAGUCGACGACGAGGCAUACCGGCAUAUUCCUCACAGAGCAGGCAACGAGGAUGUGGUCGCAUGGAAGCUAUGCGUACCAAUCGGGUCAAGGCAGCGAGUCAUGGCCGAGAACCACGAUAUGCCGACGGCCGGACACAUGGGCAGCCGGAAGACGAUCGCGAGGGUGGCAGCGAGGUAUUAUUGGCCGUGCAUGCACCGCGACAUUAGGAAGCACGUGCGGAACUCUGAGAGCUGCCUCAGGUACAAGCCCAGUCAGUUCCAGGCAGCCGGAAAAAUGCUCACACAGAUCCCAGAGGAGCCCUGGGCCACAGUAUGCGCCGAUUUCGUUGGGCCGCUUCCUCGGUCGAAACACGGGAACUCGAUGGUACUAGUGCUGGUAGAUCGGUUCUCGAAGUGGACGGAAAUAGUGCCAGUGCGUAGGGCUACUACGGAGACGCUGGAAAAGGCAAUCCGGGAAAGGAUUGUCUCAAGGUAGGCGUGCCGAAGGUCUUGAUCACCGAUAACGAAGUGCAAUUCACGAGCAGGGCGUUCAAGCGGUUCUUGACAGAGUUGGGAGUGCGGCACCAGUUCACAGCCCCGUACACACCACAAGAAAUUCCCACGGAGAGGGCCAAUAGAACUGUAAAAACAAUGAUCGCCCAGUUUGCCGGACAUGACCAGAAAACGUGGGAGAAACGGCCAGAAUUGCAGCUGGCCGUGAACACUAGUGUAGCCGAGUCCACAGGGUAUUCACCGGCAUUCGUCACGCAGGGUAGAGAGCCCAGGUUAUCGAGCGCGUUGUUUGAUGAAGAAACCGCCGGCACAGGAAGGGAAACCCAGACCCCGUUGGAAAAUGCGAAAAAAAUAAACGAAAUCUUCGAGCUGGUUAGACGGAACAUGGAGAAGGCGGAGCAGGAUCAGGCGCGCCACUACAUCUCCGGAGGCGCCCUUGGAAACCACAGAUCGGAGACACGGUAUGAGCCAAGGAGCACCAUCUAUCCAAGGCAGCAGAAGGAUUCGCGGCGAAACUGGCCCCUAGAUACGAAGGGCCGUUUAAAAUAAUUAAUUUCGACUCUCCGGUUAUUUGCAACCUGCGGCACGAACACACGGGCAAAGAAAGGAAAAUACACAUAAGCCAGUUAAAACCGCAAAGCAAAGAGGGGCAGUCUCAACAAAUCCGGAGUAUCGGAGGAGCACUGUACCCUAACCGAAGAAAGGGGGAGGACGAUACACGGAAUCGAAAGUAACGGUCAAGCACACACACACAAGCACACACACACACACAAGCACACACAUCAGGAGCGUGAGAGCGGGACAGGGAGGGUUUAAAAAGCCGUAGGCACCGUUACCGGCUAAACACACACAUGCACGGGUUGCGUGUACACGGAGGCGAGUCCCGUUACCGGUACACGUCUCCGCGAAUAACGGAACCGAGGAUACGCGGAAGAACCGAGGUUUCGUCAGCGACGGCGCUGCAUGGUUGAGGUCUUUCCAAAAAAGAUAGUCAUCAUGAGCGCACGUAAGAGUAACACCCAACAACGAGUGGAGCACGAGGUGAGGGAGGAGCGCGCCAGGGAACAGCCAGUGGAGAAGUGGAGACGGGACUCCGAUUCCGUUCUCCAGCUUCUGGCGUCCCCCCUGGUGUCGCGAUCCCCGUCACCGGUCAGCGAGGCUGACGAGGAGUCCACCGAAGAGAUCUCGGACGUGGAGUUGCCGUCCGAGGAGAAGGACGCAGGCGCAAACGCGACGGAGAUCGCAAAGGUCGUCGCCAUCUCCUCCGAUGAGAGUGGACCGGAGGACGCGAGUGAGGAGGAGGAGGAGGGGACGGAGACCGUCAGUCCCGAGGUGUCCUCGGGAGGAUCUGCCUAGGGCAGAAACCACUGUCGGGCAAGCCCAAGAAGUGGGCUCGCAUCUAGGAGGCGCGGGCGGUCACUGUCCGCCAAUGGGAGGCACGGCGUGCGGCGAGGAGUGCAGCAGUCGCCGCGUGGCAGCAGAGGCUCAGGGACGCCGAGGCCAGGAGGCAUCAGCAGACGGUCACGUGGACGUGGCCCGCGCCCGAGGAGGCAGCAGAGGAGGCCCGGAUGCGGGAGGCCAUCGAGUGGCGGCGCCCACCGCCGUUGAACCAGCGCGAGCCGAGGGCCAAGUCGGCGAAACGCGUCGCGGAGACGGCCGAUCGCGAGGGACUGUUGACUCCCGAGGAGGAGCGCGAGGCCCAGGAGGGGCUGGAGAAGGGGCCAUGGGAGUGGCCAUCACCGCCGGAGACGUCGCGGGACGCGGCGCCACCCCCGAAGCUGGCGCGGCAGACUUCGUGCCCGGAGCCGCGAGCCCCACCGGCGAGGCCGACGCUGCGGAGACAGCAGUCGGAGGGCGCGGAACCAUGGUCGGAGGUUCCGGAGGCGGAGUGGGCGGCGCGGGUGGCCGAAGAAGCGCGACGGCAGCGAGGGAGGCAGAGGAAGGCCAGGUGGGCCAAGCUCGUGCUGGACGGGGAACAGCGCUACCGAGUAAAGGUAGCAGGGGGCCGGGUGCGGGUGUUUAAGGCCCAAUAAAGCGG